AUGGAAAAUGCGGGAAUUUUGGUAGAACCAUUGGAGAACAAUGAUUCGUUGGCGGAUAGAAUCGGAGAGCUCAUUCGAGAGGCUCAAUCGACUUCUGAUACUAAACAGAAAUUGGAAUUUCUUAACAAAGCACAAGAUUUGUUACUGAAUGUUGACAGUUCUGGUCAUCUUCUGGACAAUUUCCUUGAUGAAAUGCUUGAAUUCACUUCUUCUGAGGAUUUCCAUAUGCGCUGCUUUUCUGCUAAUUUUAUAGAAAAAGCAUGCAAAAAGGAUGCAGAUGUUUUGAAGAAAGCUAUAACGAAUCUUUCUUAUCUGUUGAUGUCAGGCAGCCAAUCUCGAGGAGGUGUGAUUGUUAUGAAACGGGUUAUAACAGUUUGUGCCAAUAUUUAUCCCUACAUUUUGAAAUGGGCCUGCGGGCGAAAAGCUGACGCAGAUGCAGAGAAAUGCUGGGAAGCGUUCUCGGUUUUGAAAGGACGUAUAGUUAGUCAUGCAGAUUCUGACAAUGAAGGUAUUCGAACAAUGACGUUUAAAUUCCUGGAAGCGAUAGUGCUUUCACAGUCACCAAAAACGGAGGAAAGCGACGUAAGCAGAGGUGAGGACGUGAUGUCGUUGAGUGAUGUCCCUCGAGAUCAUCGCUUUAUCUCAUACAGAAAGCUCCAAUCAGAAGCUGCAGUUAAUUUACAAUCUCUUAUGGAUCAAACAACAUUACCGCAUAUAUCAGCGCAGAAUUUGCUCACUGUUUUAACCGUCCUCUGCAAUGUUGCAAAGCGACGGCCCGAUUAUAUGGCACGAAUUCUUGAUUGUCUUGAAGCUCUGCAUAUCAACCUCCCACCCACCCUUGGAGCCAGUCAGGUGAAAUCAAUGCGUAAGGAAUUGAAAGCUCAUCUUCUUCGUAUUCUGAAGCACUCAGCAUCAUUGCUUCUACACCCCAGAAUCACAACUCUGCUCACUGAUUUAGGAGCGUCUCAAAGUGAGAUCAACCGGAAUAUGCCGCCAAAUAUUGCUGAAUUGCGACGAAAGGCAUCAAAACGACAAACAGCAGCUGAGGAGCCUGCUGCGAAAAAGAGAGCGAAAAGCAGCGAAGGAUCUGGAGUUGUGUUGGAUGACGAUGAAUACCAAGAUGACGAACCGUCGACAUCAGAAGGGGUACCGCCGAUUCCCGACUCCGCUCAUCAGUCAGCCAUCGACAUCACAGCUGAAUGGAUUUACGAAAGGCUUAAUCCUAAGCUUGUAGCCAAUCUUGUGCUAAUUUCUUUGGUGACUCUUCCAGAUGAAAUGCCUGCCGCAUUUGCUUCAAGUUUUACGCAGAUUGCUACGGCUGGAACCGAGCAACAUCGUCGCCAUCUUGCUCGUAGUAUGGCAACUCAGGCUACGGCGCAGGAGCUCGGUCCCGGUGCAGAGCAAAUGCGAAAGGAGAAGUUAGCGAAGUUCAUGGAAAGGCAAUCCGCCCGAAAGGAUGGAGCCUUUGUGCCUCCUACUCCAGCCAUACAUUUGGGAGGUCAUUCCAAACAAAAACCUCCCGUAGUACCAAUAGGAGCUUUACCAGGACCUACUCCAGCUCCGCUUCCUCCCGUAUCGAAGAUGAAACAACAAUUUAAUCUUUACUCGAAUACGAAGGAGUUGUCAAGGGAGGAAAUACAAUCGCUAUUUGAGUGCUGUUUCAUGUCUAUAAUGAAGGCAGAGCGACGAGCUCGGCAAGGAGGAACCAUGUCGAUGCAUCACGUAGUCCUUGUCCGUAUAGCCACACGAUUCCAUCCGUUACCAGAGAAACUGUACAAUGAAUUAAUAGAGUUCAUUGUCGAUGCAACACAGCAUCGUUACCGUACAGAUCUCGCUCUGUUAUGGGUAACGGAACUGUACUCACAAUAUCAAGGGUUCACAGUUUGCUUCAACCAUGACUAUAUGUCCUCGUACGGUAGAGCUCCUAAAAAGGAACUUUUCGAGAAUUUCGACACCACUCUCUGCAAUCUUCUCCAGAAACUUUUGGAUAAGGGACAACACAAAGAAGCGCUCUUCCACAAACUUCUGCUCGAUUGUCCUCUGGUCACAACAAAUGCGUUGAAAAUUUUAGAAAAGGCUUGUUUGGAUGAGGUAUAUUGUGCGUUUGGUAUAACCACGCUUCGUGAACUCUUAUUAACACGGAAUCGGCAACGUAGCGAAUUGGUUGAUUUGUUGUUCAAAUUAUGCUUCUACGAUCGAGCAGAGGUUAAGCAGCUUUGCGUGGAUACUCUGAAGGAGUUGUGCUCUCUAAAGUACAUGCACCGUGAUCUGCGACUUAAGCUCAUCGAACAGCUGAACGAAUGUACAUUACCAACUCCUCCUCCAUAUUUUGUUGCCUAUAAUCACGCUACUGAGUUCAGUGAGCCAAUUUUCCGCAGUGGGAUUCACCUUUAUCUUGCCAUCCUGCCCAUGGACACCUCCCUUCUUUUUCCACUUGCACAAGCGUAUACGAAAGCAUCAACUCUUCUCAAAAAGAUCUUGUUACGAUCGAUCGAAAAUUCCAUAAAAGCCAUAGGAAUGGAUAAUCAAGAUAUGCUACAUCUUCUCGAAGAAUGUCCUGUGGGAGCGGAAUCUCUCGUUGCUCGUGUCGUUCAUCUCCUAACCGAACGACAUACCGCGACGAGGGAAGUCGUUUCUCGAAUGAAGAAACUGCAUGAAACGAGGCACACUGAUGUACGGUCGCUAAUCCCCAUUCUUAAUGGAUUGGAGAGGGAAGACAUAAUCAGGAUUCUGCCUUUGUUCGUUUUAAAGCCUGCGUAUCAAAAUUCUGUUGGCCUUGUAUUCAAAAAGUUGCUUACUGGAAGAAAUGUCGACACCGGUGAGCCAACUCUCAGCGCACCUGAAUUGAUUUUCGAGUACCACAAAGUACACCCUUCCACACCUGAGGAAUUCGAAGUUCAAACUGCUAAUCUGAGAGAGUUGCUGGAUUCACGAGCGAUGACCAGAGAAGCUGUAGCGGAGGGAAUUGAACGUUUAAUGGAGUUAAAUCCGCUUCCAGCAUUGUUCUACUGCACACUUGUUAUUGUGUAUAAAAAGUACCCUUCGUUAGACAGCUUCCUGGGGAAUAUUGUGCAGAAGGUGAUAGCCAAAGAUCUUUCAUCGCGUGACGAAAUCACUCGAAAAGCGUUCUACCGAGCACUUAACAGCCUCAAAACUGUUGCUUACUCUGCUAUCCUGACAAAGUUCACAAUGGAAGAGUUUGAAGAGUUCUUGGGGUAUAGCAAUCGCGCUGAAACUCUUUUGGCUCUGAAGGAAUUUCUCCCUACGCUUUCUACUCACCAGCAAAAGAAUAUCAGCACAGCUAUAGUGGACAUGAUUAAAGAUCGGGACGAGAAAAAGGACAAAACAAACAAAGAAGAUAAGGACCGAGAAAAAGAUAAAGAACGAGAACGAAUACGACUGGAUCGACGGGAUCGUGAAAGAGAACGGGAUAGGAAAGAACGGCGUGAGCGCGACUCUCGAUAG